CUGACUGGAGAAAGCAAAGGGACAAGGGGCUUCUGGCCAGCGAGGAGCUGUUCUCACCGGGGAGGCAGCUGUGAGGGUGCCAUCCAGAAGGGACUACAACCCACCUCAUUCUACAGAUCCCGAAUCAAGGCUGCCCCACGUGAAGGAGCCACCCCUAGGUCAGAAAGAUGGGGGAAAUGGAACAGAUGAAGCAGGAGGCUGAGCAGCUGAAGAAGCAGAUUGCGGAUGCCCGGAAAGCCUGUGCAGACACAACACUGGCUCAGAUUGUUUCUGGAGUGGAGGUUGUUGGCCGCAUCCAGAUGCGGACCCGAAGGACCCUGCGGGGGCAUCUGGCCAAGAUCUACGCCUUGCACUGGUCCACAGACUCCAAACUUAUGGUCAGUGCCUCACAAGAUGGGAAACUGAUUGUGUGGGACACAUACACAACUAACAAGGUUCAUGCCAUCCCUUUGCGUUCUUCCUGGGUCAUGACCUGUGCCUAUGCUCCCUCAGGGAAUUUUGUGGCCUGUGGGGGUCUUGACAAUGUGUGCUCCAUCUACAGCCUCAAGUCUCGUGAAGGCAACGUCAAAGUGAGCAGGGAGCUCUCAGCCCAUACAGGAUACCUCUCCUGCUGCCGAUUUCUUGAUGACAACAGUAUUGUGACUAGCUCUGGAGAUACCACGUGUGCGCUCUGGGACAUUGAGACAGGGCAGCAGAAGACUGUGUUCUUGGGACACACCGGAGACUGUAUGAGCUUGGCUGUCUCCCCAGACUUCAAACUCUUUAUCUCUGGGGCUUGUGAUGCUACUGCCAAACUCUGGGAUGUGCGGGAGGGUGCCUGCCGUCAGACCUUUGGAGGACAUGAGUCUGAUAUCAACGCCAUCUCUGUACGUAUGCUGUCUGCACAGGGGUAG